AUGGUGCAGGCCAUCUGGUUUCCUGUAGGGGUCAGCAAUAUACAAGUUUAUUGCCUUUCAGACAACAAUAUUGUUGGCCCGGGCUGCCAUGUCUACCCAUUCACCUUUCAGAUCCCUGCACAAGACUUGCCAUCGUCCUUCAAAAGCUCAUCAGGAAAGAUUGUGUACACACUGGAGGCAAAUCUGAGCCGGUCAAUGAGAGUGGACAGCAAAGCUAAUGCGCAGUUCACCCUCAUCCACAAAGAAAACCUAAACAGCGAUCCAUUGCUGAUGACUCCACAGCACAGUACAAUUGAUAAGAAAAUGAAGCUCUUUACAUCGGGAACAGUAGGCAUGGAUGUAAACAUUGAGCGAACCUGCUUUCACCAAGGGGAAGGCAUGAAGGUUGUAGCCUACAUUCAGAACAAAUCAUCUCGUCAUAUUAAGCCCAAAUACUGUUUGUAUAGCAAGUACAGUUACUUUGCAAAGGGGAAGAGGAAAGUCGAAACCAGAAAUAUCCUAAAAGAGGUGGGUGACGCCAUCCCACCAUCUGCAGGCCAGACUGUCACCAGGACGAUCACCAUCUCUCCCACCACGUGUGUGUCCAUCUUAAACUGCAACAUCAUCAAAGUAGAGUACAGGCUCAGGGUCUAUCUGGAUGUCAAAUAUGCUUCAGACCCCGAGAUCAAGUUCCCCAUAGUCAUCCUGCCCGCUUUACAGGGGCCUUAUGAGGAGCAUCCGCCUGCUUAUCCCACCUAUGGGUUUGAAGCAUUUACAAACUCAGAAAUGCCAGGAGGGACCAGCUUUCCACAAAACUCAACCACCUCAUGCCCUUCUGUUCCACCUCCAUCCAAUGCGACAUAUGGGAUGUACCCCUCCUUGACUGAUUUCCAUGAUACAUACUAGAAGCUCGCUCUUUUUAAAUUCACAGUAUGACACAGGACUCAAAUUUAGGAACAACCACUAUAAUGUAUUAAAUAAGUUUUUGCUUUAUCCCUGUUAUUCAGGCAAAAGGCAAGACAGAUGUGAUUGCAAAGACUUGUAUGUUUUAAAAUAUUAGUAGUAGGAGUAGGAGAGAAGGAAGUAAAUUGUUUUAACUAAAAAGCAGAACAAUAUACCUUAAAAAUAUUCCACGAGUAAAGUAUUACAGUUAUCUGCCUUACUUUGAUACACUAAUGUUUGUAUGACUGGAUCUCGUGUAGUUUUAAAUGGAAAUCAGUACUAGAGAAUGUGCUGAAGCUUGUUAGUCCAGUCUUAAAAUUUACUCCCUGUAGUAACCCUUGUAUCAUUGAUCUGUAUUGAUUUCCAGUACCUGUAGAUGACAUUCUUCAUUUUAUCUCAUGGUGUUUAAUGAUGGUUACUGAAAUGUUGUAAAUUAUGUUAUAGAGAAUAUGAAGAAGAAUAUGGAUUUGGCCGUGUUUGCUUCUUUUAAAUAAACAAUACAUACAAAUGAGCAUAAUCUAUAUCUUUAUCUAAAUCAUAAUCUGUUUGAUUAGUGCUAUAUAAAUAAAAUGUAUUAGGGAUCUUA